AUGGCCAGCACACUCCUCAGAUCCCUCUUCGCCCCGGCGAUGAGGCCAGCGACAUUCCCUCGCGCCGCCUCCAUCCUCACACCGACAGCCACCAUCACCACCCCCCUGAUCCGAUCCUUCUCCUCGACGCCUGUACAAAAUGCCACCAUCAUGCAGGUCCUGAGAGGCUGCCACAAGAAGGGAAAGCGCGCCCGUCACGCCGUCUCCCCCGCCCUGUCCGAGAUCAACGCUCCCGCCCUCAAGGGCGUCUGCCUCAAAGUCGGCAUCACCCGUCCCAAGAAGCCCAACUCCGGCCAGCGCAAGACCGCUCGUGUACGCCUUUCCAACGGCCGCCACGUUACCGCCUACGUCCCCGGCGAGGGCCACAACAUCCAGCAACACAGCGUCGUUCUCGUCCGCGGAGGCCGCAGUCAGGAUUGUCCCGGUGUGCGGUACCAUCUCGUCCGUGGCGCCCUUGAUCUCGGAGGUGUGGCCAACCGUGCUACGUCCCGGUCCAAGUACGGCACGAUGAAGCCCAAGAAGGCUACUGUUUCUUAA